AUAAUACCUUUUGAGCAAUAUGAAGUUUAAUAAACCUUUUGGGUUUCUUGAAAUACUAAUGAAAUCGAUCACGAUUGUGUCCAGAAAUGGCAGACUUGUCGCUAUGGUAACUUCAGUCUACUUGAUCUUCUUUUCUUUUUGCUUCAUGUUAUGCAUCUAUAUUGUUAGACCUAUGAUAUCUGAUUUCAUCACAAAAGCAAUGGAGUUACUAUCUCUAGAUCCACAAGGCCUUGAUUUUUCACAGAUUUUAGUUACUAUUCUAAAAGAUGUUAAAAACUUCUUAGGUGUUCAACUAGCUUUUGGUUUAGCACAAGUUUUAGUUACUCUGUUUGCCCAGAGUGCGAUUGUCUUACUAACAAGAGUUUCUUACAAAGACAAGAGAAUAUUCCAUAAAGAUCUACUGAAGGGGUUGCCGCUAUCAUCAGCAAGGCUAUUCAUGACUUUAUUUCAUGUUACACUUAUGAAAAUGGGCUUCUUCUUAUUUGGUUUCAUUGUGUUAAUGGCACCUGCAAUCAUGAUGUCUGACAACAACUAUGUGCUAGUGAUAUUAUUGAUGCUAUUCAUUUUGCUUGUGAGUAUGUAUUUAUCUUUUUCUGUAGUAUGGGUUUUAUCCUUGGUGGUUUCUGUGUUGGAUGAGUGUUCUGGAAUCGAAGCGUUAGGAAAAGCAGGGAGGAUUGUUAAGGGCAAGAGGCUAGACGGGUCUCUUCUGUUUCUUUCCAUAAUCUUCUAUCAUAUAUCUUCUUUUAUGUGUCAUCAAAGUUGAUUGUGGUUAAGCAUUCCGAGUUUUCUCAGGAAAUCUACGGAUUCUUUGUAGCAGGUUGUCUUUCUUUGACGGUAUUGUUUGAGUCUCAGGCCUUCACAGUUCUAUAUUUCGACUGCAAGAAGAAUAGUGUUGACGCAACUGACCUAAUAGAGGCCGACGAGUAUAUGUUUGAGCACCAAGACUGAGUUUUCUAUUGCUAUUUCUAUCUUCAUUCUUUCAUUGCAAACAUCAGCAAUAUUAUUAAUCAAAUGCAAUCAGUAUUAUGAAAACUCCAUAGAGAUAC